UUACUACACAAAUCUGAAUCUGAAAUAUUGAAUUUGUUUAUCUAACUCAACCGAAGCUGGCUUCUAUGGAUAUAAUUAGUCUCAAUUCGUAAAUCCGAACACAUGGUCUUUAAAACAUAUCGCCCAGUACAGACUUCUAUAAGUGUUUGGUUAAAAAAUUCCUUACUUACUCAUCAGAUUAUUUUCUUGUUAUUAAUGGGAAUUCUUGUGGGUCUAUCAUGUUGGCUACUAAUUUGGACAUCUCGGUUUUCUGACUUCGAAAUUAUCAUGAAGUCCUAUUACUUUUCUUCCGGAAAGCUUGUAUUGCUUAUUUCAUCUAUAUUUGGAGCUGGAGUGGCUGUUUUUGGAUACUGCAUUUUCAACGUUGAUAGUCCUACUUUGUUACUAAUUCACAUAAUUAGCAACUUUAUCCUUAUUUGGGCGUUUCUGUCAGUAAGCGUUUGUGGAUUUUUGCUAUUACUGGAGUUGGACAUAGAAUUACCAGGUAAAUUUACAUCAGCGAUAACGAAAUAUUAUGGCAUAAAUAUGUCAAUUCGUCGAAAUAAGGAUUUGACUGCUGCAUUAAAUGAGAUUCAAUUCAAAUUUAAGUGUUGCGGUACGCAUGGUGAAAAAUCAAGUAAUUAUUCAUGGUUUAUUUAUAGAGGGUCAAGCACGUGGUUUUACAUUACACAAGAGCUAGGUCUAAAAUCAACGGUCCAAUACGUUCCAGAAAGUUGUUGUGUUUUAAAAAGUCACAAUCUUCAACUCAAUUCUUUCUCAGAAAUUCAGUCGCAAAGUGGUGUUUUCCUAGACAGAGAACUAUGUAUUGGUUAUAAGUCACUUACAACAAGAGACGAUAUUGCACCUCGUAUUGAUAAUCCAUUAUAUACCACUAGAAGUAAUACAUAUCUAAAUGAAAAGGUAAAAAUCAUCAACAAUGUCCAGUUUUUUCUUGAAUGUUUUGCUUUUCUAGGGAUGUGUAACGGUAGUCAGACAAGAGUAUCAACAAUAUUCUAUCAUGUUAGCUGCUUCAGGCACAACUGCUCUGGUGCUAUCUGUAAGUUGUUUUUGUUAUAACAGCGAAAUCCGGUACUUUUCGAGUUUUCGGUAAAUAAUACGACAAUGGUACAAUACAACGGUUUGGUACACUAUGUAUAGACAGCACCAUGUUAUACCUAGAGGAAAGAUUCAUGAUCAACAAUCGACUAUCAGAUUAUAGACCAGACAAUAGCUUGUUUAGCACAAAUCCAAGUAUUUCACAUGGAGUCCUUAGUGAUAUUAGAGUAAGAAUCAAUUAUAGGGGUGGAUUCAUGAUAUUAAUUAAUGUCAUAACAUUUGACAAAUUGGAUAUCUAUUUUUCUUCACUCGCUGUUCAAUCAUAUCUCGCUCUUACCUAUCACACAUCGGUCCUCAUAAGACAUCUUUACUAAAUGCUGUGUUAUUUCCUUUUAUUUAUAUGAAGUUAUUUCUGUUUCAGAUAGUUGGAUUUAUUCUGUCACU